AUGACAGAAGAACCUGGGCAAGACAAAAGUCUUGCUCGCUACAAAAAAUUCAACCAUUAUUCUCAUGCACACUUUGCCAUAGAGUUUGAUCAUUACGUGAAUACCUACGUGUACAAUUCUAAUCCUAAAAACUUGAGUAUUUUAAACUUCCUUAAUUAUCUGAAAGAUAAAUUGGUAUUCACAUCAGAUAGCAAACAAGAAAUCCAGGAUGCGCUUAAAAGAAUGCUUGAGAAUGCUAUUGAUUCAUCUAUUAUACAAUCUGGAAUGAAGAAACGGUUUAAAAAAUUGUUAGAUAAUAUCAGUGAUACUUUUGAAAGAAAGGAAAUUAUUGAGUUUUUUGCGGAAUUGGACAAAGAGCUUGAGGCAAUUAAAAAUGAGUUGGUUGAGGAACAUAUCUCUCAGGAAGAUUUGUUAAACUUGGUGAACGAAACAUCAAAUACAUUCAAACAAAUCAAGUUCCCAACAUAUUAUAAUAAACUAAAAACCAUAUGGGAUGCUUGUAUUACUGAAACGAAUUAUUUUGUGUUAGAUUUAAGAGACAAAGAAAUUUUAAAUCAAGUGCACAAUCUUUUAGAUGAUUGUGAACUAGAAUCGCUGUUCGAAAGACUAUUGAUAGAGGAUGAGAAUAAUCACAUGAGUAAGACUGCACGUGAAUAUAUGAUGCUAUUCGACCAAAUUAUAGAAGAAUCUUUAGAAGAAUAUGCAGAGGAUGUUGAUGCUAAAAAAGAGGAAGAAAAGGAUGCUGAGGAUGUUGAAAAAGAGAUGAAAGAGGAUGCAUGGAAUGUUGUCAAAAAUGAUAUCAAAAUUGAAGAUAAAGCUGUUUCUGAAAUGGAAAAAAUAGUACAUAAUUUGAGUGGAACUGCCAAAAAACUUCGAUUUCUAUCAAACACCAUUCCCAUUCCAGUGCAUGACUACAAUCAAUCCGAAUUUUCGGAUAUACAUAUUAUUAAAAUAGAUGGAGUAGCUGAAUUCUUUGAGCGUCUAAAACAAAUCCCGCUGUUUCUACUUGAAGUUUCUAGAGAUCCAAGUGAUCUAGAUCCUGAUAAGUUCAGAACUGAUAGACACAAAUUAAUGAGUGAAGGUGCCUUCGCUCUUAACAAAUUUAUAAUAAAAACAGAACUCCCAAUAUGGAACGUUUGUAAAACAUUAGGAAUUUUCCUUGCUCAGGCAUUUGGUGAUGAGCUUGAGAUUGGUCAGAUUAUUUAUAUCGAUCCAGGAUUAUAUCUAUUUGCACUAUUUACGAUACCUAAUCUGAUUAUUCCAACUUCUGCUACUAAUUUGGAACAUAAAAUUAAACAAUUUAAGAAAUUCGAAAGAAGUGAUCAACUUCGUAUCAUGAAACACAUGUCUAAAUAUACUACUGGGCUUUCACCAGGCCGGCCUAGAACUGUUACUUUUUCAGAAUUUCUACCUAAAGAGCCAUCUAGUAAGGUGAAUAGUAAUGUACAAAGGAAUGUAACCAAAGGAAAAGGAAAGGGUUGA